UGGGGUGUGCAGAGAGGGUAUAAAAGUCCCCAAAAGCCUCAUUGCCUCUCAUCCUUCCUCAUCUCUUCCUGCACAAGCAGCUCAGGUGACCCAGCACAGCACCAUGUGCUCCCGCCAGGACAAGGACCAGUGCCACCGGCAGCAGCGCCAGAGCAGCGGCGGCUGCCACAGCUCGGGGGGUGGCGGCUGCCACAGCUCCGGUGGUGGUGGCUGUCACAGCUCCGGUGGCAGCUCUGGGGGCUGCCACAGCUCCGGUGGCAGCUCUGGGGGCUGUCACAGCUCCGGUGGUGGCGGCUGUCACAGCUCCGGUGGUGGUGGCUGUCACAGCUCGGGCGGCGGUGGCUGUCACAGCUCUGGUGGCUCCAGCUGCCACGGGAAGCCGCAGGUGCAGGUCCAGCAGCAGCAGCAGCAGCAGCAGCAGCAGGUGCUGCAGAUGCCCCAGCAGAAGAUGAAGUGACAGCGUGGCCAUCACCUUGUCCCAGCUCUGGCAGACAAGGCCAUAUGGGGACUGGCUCCCUGUCACCUCCUCGGCGGUCCCGAAGCCUCCCCGGUGCCCUCCAGAGCCUGGCAAGGGCUGGGCUGUGCCCAAUAAAGAGUCACAUUCCCUAAA